UGGAGGGAGGUGUGCUUUUAUUUCAGAUUGUGUCAUUUGAGUAGAGACUCCCGAAACUGCAACCAACAGAACCGGGGCUGUUUUAGAUCCCUUGGGUUGUUAGCCAGGCACACCGGGGAGAGAAGGCAAUCGAGCAGAAGAGACGAGAGAGGCAGUGGAGGAAGGCAGGAAGCCCUUCGCGCGCCUAGCCCGGCCCAUUCCAUCCACUUUGGGUUUUACUGUGCUUUGCUGAUUGAUUGUAGCAAGAGGAGAAAGAGCUAGGAGAAACUCCCGAAGGAAAGGAACGAAAGGGGGGGGUGGGGAGGUGAGAAACUCAGUUGAAAAAGAGGUAGCAGGGAGAGUAAAAGCCAGCAGACGCACUCCGGGAGGCCGGAGGAGGAGGAAAUGGCUGGGCAACCUGCUGCUAGGAUUUAGACAAAGGAGGUUUGAGAGAGAGGCGGGAUCGGAUUCUAAUAUCAGCUCGAGGAGAGAGCUAGCUACUGUGCUCCGGGAGAUGAAACGGCCGGAAUUCACAGGGACUGGAGCAUGUACCACAGCGAGAACUCUCAGGAAAAAGUAAGUCUGGGGAGCGAUCAGCCGGCAUUCCUAGUGACUGGAGCAUGUACCUCAGCGAGAGCGCUCAGGAAAAAGGAAGUCCGGGGAAGGAUUUGCCAAGCUUGACGGACUCUGACAUCGAGACCCUCUUUGAGGCAUGCCUCCGUCCAUGCGUUACUUUUUCAUAGUGUCUGUGACUACUGUCAUUGUUUUUAUUGUGCUCUACGUGUUAAGUUUUGGGGGAGAUCAAAGCUACCAGAAGCUGAACAUCUCAGACUCCGUGAUGCUGGCUCAGGUGUGCACGCCCUUCUUCAACGGGAAAAGCCCGCUCCUGUGGAGAAACAAACUAAUGAUUCGCGAGAAGCCUUCUUGCACAGAAUAUGUGACCCAAAGUCACUAUAUCACAGCGCCUUUAUCUCAGGAAGAGGUUGAAUUUCCUUUGGCAUAUGUCAUGGUCAUUCAUCACAAUUUUGACACCUUUGCAAGGCUCUUUAGGGCUAUCUUCAUGCCUCAGAAUAUCUACUGUGUUCACGUGGACGAAAAGGCGACAGCUGAAUUCAAAGGUGCCGUAGAACAGUUAGUGAACUGCUUCCCCAAUGCAUUUCUGGCCUCUAAGAUGGAGCCAGUGGUCUAUGGUGGGAUCUCCCGGCUCCAGGCCGACCUGAACUGCAUCAAAGAUCUGUCCACCUCCGAGGUCCCCUGGAAGUACGCCAUCAACACCUGUGGACAAGACUUCCCCCUGAAAACCAACAAGGAGAUCGUUCAGUACCUGAAAGGACUUAAGGGGAAGAAUCUCACUCCGGGGGUGCUGCCUCCAGCUCACGCAAUUGGAAGGACCCGGUUCGUCCACCGGGAGCACCUGAGCAGAGAGCUUUCCUACGUGAUCAGAACCACCGCUCUGAAGCCUCCACCUCCCCACAACCUCACCAUUUAUUUUGGAUCCGCCUAUGUCGCUCUGUCGAGAGAGUUUGCUGACUUUGCUCUCCACGACCCACGGGCGGUUGAUUUGCUCCAGUGGUCCAAAGAUACUUUCAGUCCCGACGAACAUUUCUGGGUGACGCUCAAUAGGAUUCCAGGUAUGUGA